UUGGAAUAUCAUUUGUGUACCAACAGUAUUCUGGGAUCUCUGCAAACUACACAUUGUGGCUUUGUUACAAUAGGCUGGGAACGUCCCAACCUUAUGUACCAGUAGUGCCAGUAACCGGCUGUCAGCAGAGGGUGGAGCGAGAAAGUAAACAGCCUGUACGGUGGCAUGGCAGGAGAGGCGGUGUCUCCAGUUGUUGCGCAGGCGUCCUUAUUUUACACUCUUUACCCACUGUAAUUCCAUGGCGUUUCCUGUUAACAGGGACAACCGAGUCUGGAUAACAACUCCUGGAAGUCUUGGAAACAGAAUAAGCUGGAUAGAAACAGAGACGCUAUGCUGGGCCCAUGUCUUUCUCUAAAUGAGUGUUAGAUAGCAGUGGGUUAAUGUCAGCAGCGAGCAGCCAUGGACGCGGGGUUAAUGCUCUAUAAUAGUCUCAAAGAUGUGAAAUGGAGCGCGACGUCUCUGCCCCUGGACCGACUGGUCAGCUCGUACCGAUUGCCGCAGAUAGUCAAACUGGACAGCGGAGAGUCAGUAGAAGGGCUGCGAGACAAUGACUACAUUCUGCUUCAUUCGUGUCGGCAAUGGACUACCAUCACUGCCCACAGCUUGGAGGAGGGACACUACGUCAUAGGCCCGAAAAUAGAAAUCCCAGUACAUUAUGGAGGUCAGUUUAAACUCCUGGAACAAGACCGAGAUAUAAAGGAACCUGUGCAAUACUUCAACAGUGUGGAGGAGGUGGCAAAGGCAUUUCCUGAGCGGGUUUAUGUCAUGGAGGAAAUAACAUUCAACGUUAAGGUUGCUUCAGGAGAUUGCAAUGAGGACACAGAAGUCUACAACAUCACCCUGAGCACGGGGGAUGAAUUGACUCUAAUGGGACAGGCGGAGAUCCUGUAUGCAAAAACAUCAAGGGAGAAGUCCAGACUCAACACCAUCUUUAAGAAGAUCGGGAAACUAAACUCCAUCAGCAAGCUGGGCCGUGGCAAGAUGCCGUGCCUCAUCUGUAUGAACCACAGGACCAACGAGAGCAUCAGCCUCCCUUUCCAGUGUAAAGGCCGCUUCAGCACACGCAGCCCGCUGGAGAUCCAAAUGCAGGAAGGGGAGCACACCAUCCGUAACAUUGUUGAAAAGACCAGGCUACCUGUUAAUGUCAUUGUGCCUAGCACCCCUCCCAGGAACCAGUAUGACCUGCAUCUCAUCCGGGAGGGACACCGGUAUAAGUUUGUCAACAUCCAGACGAAGACGGUGGUGGUCUGCAUCGUGCUGCGCAGCAACAAAAUUGUUCCUACCCACUUUCCCCUGCACUUGGCCAUGCCACAGUUUACCAUUCCAGAAGGCCUUCUGAAAAAUGAGUCUUGGCUGGAGACCGCGGUCCACCGAUGGUUAAGCUUUUGCCAGGAGCAGUUUGACAUUGACGAGUACUCAAGGGCGGUACGGGAUGUCCGGGUGGACUGGAACGAAGACUGCAAAAGCCCCAAGAAGAACAGCAGCUGCCCCGGUCACAGCCACAUGCCGAGCUCACUCAGCUCCGCCCGUGAUGAACUGACUCAGUCCUUCCACAGACUCUCUGUUUGCGUGUACGGAAACAACCUGCACGGCAACAGUGAGGUCAACCUUCAGGGGUGCAAGAACCUCUGUGGGGAUUGGGCUUUGCUUUCUCACGAUUUCAUGCAUUGCACUGACUCAGGUGACAGCGGGAGCGACUACCUUUUCCCUGAGGUGACAGAGGAUCCCAGACAAUCAUUUCCAACAAAGUCUGAGAUUCCUUAUGAGGAGCUGUGGCUGGAUCGGGGAGUGGGGAGACACGCUGUACAGACUGUGCCUUGCUCUGCUGUUGAAAUGAACAAAUGUGAUGCCAACAGAAGCUCUGUUCAGUUAAAAGGUACAGCAGCAUCUCCUUUGCCUGCCCCAGGGCCAGCCGGCUCUGCUAAGGUUUCUGAAAUUUGUGUACCUCCACCUCCAGUGCCUCCAAAGUCUGAAGCUGUAAAAGAAGAAUGCAGACUUCUGAAUGUCCCGCCUGUUCCCCCACGGAGCUCCAAGCCAGCGUCCACGAGCCCUUCCGUCCCUUCACGCACAGCCCAGCUCCGGCAGCAGCAAACACGCUCCCCCAGCCCCACGCUGUCCUACUACUCGUCAGGACUUCACAACAUUAUUGUCACAGAAAAAGAUGCCCCCCAGCCAGCUGAACAAAAUCCGGUUUGCUACCCAUGUAAUUGGAUGAAGCCAGAUUCAACAGACAAUGACAAGUCACCCUUCGGGAGCCCAACUUUCGAAAGCGUUCCUUCCAGAUCAUCUUGGCCUAACAACUUUUGUGGAGCGACGGAUUCCCAUGGUAUUAAUGAUUUCUUGCCUGUUCAGUGUCGCAGUUAUUACAGCUACCCACGGCAGAAGACACCGGGUACCCCAAAGGGAAACAUUCCAGCAUCCUUUGAUGUCAGUGGAAACGAGUUCUCUGAAGGAUGUGCUUCACCACCUAAAACAGACGAGGCAGCCAUCAUCGUUCCAGGCUGCCACAAAUCUGCAACUUACUCAAUGGAAUCAUACACAGACAAGACCUUAGCAGAAUGUAGCACAGCUCAAAGUCAGUCAUGCCCUAUCUUGCCUCCAAGAGCACCCAAAUUGAAUGAAGAAAAACUGAGUACAGAAGUUUCAUUUUUACCAUCAACCAUUGAUGGUUCAGAGGAAGAACCUCAGACUUGUUCAGCAGACACAGCAGGGGGUAACUUACUUAGCAACAAGGGCACACCGGACAUCUUUUCUAUUUCAUAUCCAUUUUCGUCUCCACUGCAUCUUCAGUUGGCACCAAGGUCUUGUGGAGACGGGUCGCCAUGGCAGCCGCCCUCUGACCUCUCUGAACUGUCAGUUGAAGAAGUGUCAAAAUCCCUCCGGUUUAUAGGCCUGUCUGAAGAUGUGGUGUCCUUAUUCGUCACAGAAAAGAUUGAUGGAAAUUUACUUGUACAGCUUACAGAGGAGAUUCUGUCAGAGGACUUUAAGCUGAGCAAACUGAAAGUAAAGAAACUCAUACAAUUCAUUAGUGGGUGGCGGCCUAAGAUGUAGAAUAAGGGCGAGAGAUGGGGCAGACCAGUCUUUAGAAAAAAAAUGCUGCAAAUGCUGAUUCUACUUCAGCAGCCUGUGUUGCACUGCACAACUUUGUAUUAAUAUUGGUUCAGAGGUUAAAUACUAUGCAGAUUCAGGUACCAAUCUUUGCAAGCUGUUUUGUAUGCCAGUAGUAUAGAAAUAGAUUAACAUGAUGCUAUAUAAGUGUGCCUUGUGCAUUACUGCAUAUGUCAUAACACAUUGUUUUUAGUCCCAGGUUAAAAUUAAAGUGUUAUACUUGUCCAGAACCACGAACCAAAGCUUUGUACUGUACAAAUACAAAUGUAUUUCUGCAAGAGAAAAGAUUCUCUGGUUGAAGAUGAAUAAAUGUUAAGAAAAUAACAAUCAAAUAAAUCUGUAAUUAGUUUG